AUUCACGUGCGGUCAAUUUUAUAAAUACCUCCCUGUAUCCAUCACAUCCAUUAAUUUUCAACCGCGAAAAAUAAACCAAACUUUAUCGCGAAAUAUUCAUUGCCCUGAGACCCGGCGAUCCGCGUGAUUGGUGGAGAUGGUAAAUAAAGGCGGUGCCGCGAACGUCUCCGCCCAACAGAAUUACAAAGUGUGGCUGGUGGAUAAAAAAAAUAUGUCAGUCACAAAUUCAAAAUUCUAAUGAGCUGUAAGGGGGAAAAAUCGAUAUUUAUAAUAAUAAGUAUACUCUCGCGAGAGAGCUGCCUAAAUUGCCUUCCCCCUCUACAGGUUAGAAUUGACGAGUAUCGGUUGAUACUAAACGUGAGACAGUCCGGCGUGAGCCAUCAAAUUGUACUGACCAAAAUAAAUCUAUUAAACGACAUCUUAAUAAGACACUAGAGUGAUUAAUAAUUAAAUCCUGACAAAUCCUAUCACUCUUACAGAGCAUUAUCUAUUUUUUUUUUUAUUGAAUAUUCGAAAGUUCUUUUCGAAGGGUUCUAAAUUUUUCGAGGGUGGGGGUUGUAUCUGUUAAAAAUCUUGCUCACACAGACAACAGCGCACUUAUACACAUUCACAGACGGCACUGACGAUCCGCACUUGACUCCAAUGCCAGACCAAGUCACAUUUGACGUUUGCCCUCUGGCCUGACCACUCACCCAUAAACCACCCUCGAACCAUCAUCGUGUUUAUACUUUCUCCGGUCCUCCCUGUGAACGUUAACUAAGUAGGCAGUGAUCUCACUGAGUGAUAAACAUCCCUCUGAGAGUGCUUCGUAAAGAGUUUAGUGGUAGCUGAUUGUGGAAAGAAUAAAAAUAAUUUUAAAAUCUCAGAAAUGUUUUGAAAAUGUUGCCGUCAUCGAUAUCGUUCAGUGUUCGCGAUAUUUUAAACGAUAGUCAAACGGUCGAUAGUAUGGAGUGUUACGGAGGUCAUCAACAGGUACCACAGACCUUUCACCUCUCCCACGAUUAUUACGGAUAUAACGCGGUGCAGGACAGUCAUUGGGACAUUGACAAGUACAAGGAACAGACCCAAAUCGGCCAGAUGGGGUACCACAAUUACGCAAAUCCUCAUCAGGUACAUUCCUCACCCCCGUUUGAAGGGAAUUCUGUCACAGAAGAAGGAAAUAUCGUUACGUCGAGUAAAACAGAGCUGAGAAAAAAUCAAUCGGGGAAAAGAACGAAACGAAAACCGCGAGUGCUCUUCUCUCAGGCUCAAGUAUACGAACUUGAACAACGAUUCAAACAGCAACGUUACCUAUCCGCUCCCGAACGUGAAGUGCUGGCGUCAGGUCUAAAACUCACCAGUACCCAAGUGAAAAUUUGGUUUCAAAAUCGUCGAUACAAAAAUAAACGUGCCAAAAUCGAAGAUGCAGAGAAGCUGCAGUCCCAGUCCCUGAAGACUCAGCAAAUUAAAAAAAUUCCCGUACCCAUUCUGAUAAAGGAUGGAAAACCAAGUGCGAGAGAUACCUGCGGUGGAAAUUACUGGAGUGGAUUCAGGCCCGACAUAAAUCUCCAAGUGAUGCCGAGUGAAUUUGGUGGUGAUCUCCGUUUGAGUCCGGAGUAUCGGGGGCCCGAGAUAAGAUUGGAGCCGGUGAAUACAGGAAGUGAAUUCCGAGACAAUACAAACCUGCCGCAGGACUCACAGAGACUACUCACCACUGACUACCGGCCGAGCUUUGAAACUGCAAUGAGGCCCGUUAAAACCGAAUACAAGGCCCCCAAUGACAUUUCUCCAUUCGUCGAUCUGAGAACAACUCCGGAUGACAAAUCUAGUGUUUUGAAUGACACUAGACCAAUCGCUGACGCAUCCGCCAACGAUUUUAGCUUCUCAAAUUAUGUCAACCCGACGCAGAAUUAUCAGAUGCCGUACGCUAAUUACAUAGAGCCGAUACCGAUGGAGCAGAAUCUUCAGAGACUCUGGUAGCAGUUUGACGAAGUGAUAAGAGUUAAAUUAAGAUGAUCAUGAUUGGAAUUCAAUCGCGUUCGUUACUCUCGCCAUUGACAAAUUUAGAUAUUUCUGGGAAUUGGUGAUUCGUUGAUAGAGAAAUUGAAAUUAUUUAUAGGGAUAUUCUGACAGGUUGAGCCAAGCCACCGGUGCUUUUAGGGUUAUCGCAAGAGCAUGACGGGUCAUCUGGCAGUCAAGUGGCUGUGCGUAAAUGGUAAGCGUCGUUGAUCCCUCGUUUCACUGUGGGACUUACGACCAUGUUCUAUAUGACGCUACUGAUGCUAUUACGAGCCAUGGGAACAUGCUGAUAAAAAUGUCAUGCGUAAUUCGUUUAUUUAUCCUUCAUCACAAGCCUCUGGUGAGACUUUCAGAACCGGGGAUACACCUGUCCUCCAAAUUCUAUUGGAGACGAGGAUGAAAUGUUAAAAAAGUUUUUGAAAAAAUUAUCACACGUGUGGGAAGUUAUUUCUAACAGAGUAUUGCACAACUGUUGUACUUUUUCAUUCCUGUACAGAUUUGCAGAUUUUCAGAUCAAUGGCAGAAUCCAAUCAGCACGAGGGAUAAAAAAAAUUGAAAUUUUUCAUAAAUAUUCACGUGAAAUAUUAUAUUACAUGAAAAAUAUGAUAAGUCAAUGAUUUGUGAUAAGAACGUUCAUUCUCGAUUGGCCGAAUUUCACGUUUUAUAAAUAAUGACGAAACGUAAAAAAUUUACAUUUUCUCGCGUCGUCCAAUCUAUAAUUUACCAGAAUAAUAACAAAUAACGUGAAUUUUAGCUGAAAGCUGACGAACAUCCUUUAAUUCCACAAAUGUGUGGCGAGUGUAUUCGAAAAUGACAAUUUUUUUUAACCAUGUGGGGAUACGUACUUAGUUGUAGACAUAUUUACUCCGGGGCUACAAUUUUUACGAGAAAUGACGUUUAAGUGUAUCUACAAUAAUUGUUUAGUGAUAUUCUAGUUCGUAAGAAAUUUUAACGUGUCCAAAGAUAUCGCAAAGAUUAACUGAAUGUAAUUGAUUCAUUUUAAGGUUUUUUUAUCGACAAUUGUUUUUAAUGGUCUCAUAAGUAUUGUGUGAUACGAUGAAUAAAAAAUGUUAUCAAUCUAACUCAGUCUACUGUUAAUGCGAAGCGUCUGAAGGGAAAAUAUUGACUCUGAGUAUGGGCUUUGAAAAUGCUUAAAAGCCUAUUAUGUGAAAAAAUUAGAAUGAUUAUGGGUGUUCAUGUAUUUUUGUCCAAUAGAGGCCCCCGAUGUCGCAUUAUUCGUGUCAUCCAUCACUUCAAGCUCAACAUUGAUAUAGGAUAUGUGAUGAACGCGAGGGACAAACAAUGGCUGGGGCUUCAAAUUUCCAAUUGAUGUGUUUGUUACUGUUACAUAAUAAUUUGGUUACUAAUUUCACAUUCCGCGGAGAUUCAACAAUAGACUCAUCUUCAGUGACUGUCUAUUGACCCUUAAUUUACGAUUUUUUUCAGCUUCUCAAGCAUAACAUUUCGCCCUUCUUUUUCUGAAAUGUUUAGUUAAAUUUCUUGCCUAUAGUUAUUAACAAUUUUCAGACCCUACCAAUUUGACAAAAUGUCGCGAACUUUCUGCUGGAAAUUCAUUAAAAUACUCGGAAAAACGAACACUAUUGUAAUGGUUCUUAACGAUUUUUUAUACUUUCUCUAGUGAAAAAC